CCGGUCCAGUCAUGGCCCUGCAGCCCACCGCCCAGCUGCUCUGCCUGCUGCUCCUGCUGCUCAGUGGGGCGCUGUGUCGCUCCGCGGCGGGCUCCGAAACCGAAAGUCCCGUCCGGACCCUCCAAGUGGAGACCCUGGUGGCGCCCCCCGAGCAGUGCGCGGAGACCGCCGCCCUCGGAGACACGCUGCAUGUCCACUACACGGGCAGCUUGGCGGACGGACGCAUCAUUGACACCUCUCUGAGCAGAGACCCUCUGGUUAUAGAACUUGGCCAGAAGCAGGUGAUCCCAGGUCUGGAGCAGAGCCUUCUAGACAUGUGCGUCGGAGAGAAGCGAAGGGCAGUCAUCCCUUCUCACUUGGCCUAUGGAAAACGAGGAUUUCCGCCAUCCAUCCCAGCGGAUGCAGUGGUGCAGUAUGACGUGGAGCUGAUUGCACUGAUCCGGGCCAAUUACUGGCAAAAGCUGGUGAAGGGUGUUUUGCCUCUCGUAGGCAUAGCCAUGGUGCCAGCACUCCUGGGCCUCAUUGGGUAUCACCUAUACAGAAAAGCCAGCCAACCUAAAGUCUCCAAAAAGAAGCUCAAGGAAGAGAAACGAAACAAGAGUAAAAAGAAAUAAUAAAUAGUAAUUAAAAA